GUUAGGUCACCAGGAGCCCUAAUUUCCCUGGGCAGGAUCCAUGGCGCCAUGGCAGCUGCCGCUGCUACCGAUCCUCUCGAUGCUGCUGCUCCUGGCAGCGCGAUCUGCGAGCUCGCGGCCUCUGGAGGAGCAGGAGGAGGCGGAUGCCGCGGUGGAGCUCACCAAGAACAGCUUCAAUCAAACGCUCUGGGCGGCUCCGGCCACUUUCGCGCUCGUUGAGUUCUACGCUCACUGGUGCCCGGUGUGUAGGAUUUAUAAGCCUCAAUACAGCAAAGUCGCGAAGCUCUUCAAUGGAAGAACUGCUGUUCAUCCCGGAGAGGUUUUCAUGGGCAAGGUCGACUGCGCAGAGGAUGCCAACACUCCCAUUUGCAGGAGAUUUCAAGUGGAUCACUAUCCUUCUCUGUACUGGGGUCAUCCCGGAAAGCUUGCCUGGGAGAGCUUCGACCCAAAGGAUUCGAAGGCUAGCAAUGGAAUAGAGCUGAUACCAAAAACUCCAAGAACAGCCGAGGCGUUACUAGCUUGGAUCAACGAGCGCAUUGGAAAAUCUUAUACGCUGAAUGACGAAGCUCGGGAAACUACACGUGCGAGUAUAGUCGAGCAGAUCCAGGUAGCAAAGCCGAUGAUGUCCCUCUACGAUAUUGAGGAGUCGACAGCGCUUUCAUACAAGUUUAUCUUACAAAGCGAAAUGCUGAAUGCAAAAACUCGUGCAUCUUUUUUACAUUUUUUGCAGCUUCUUGCCGUCCACCAUCCGUCAAAAAGGUGUCGUGAGGGGAGUGCAAACAUUCUAGUCCAUUUUGAAGACAUUUGGCUUGCUGGCGAAAAUGCAAAGCCAAAUGGCGACUUGCUAAUGCGUUUACAGAUUUGUGGCGAAAGAACAAGCACCGAUGAGUGGAUAACAUGCCGUGGGAGCAAAAACUAUACUCGCGGCUACAGCUGUGGACUCUGGCUUUUGUUUCAUGCAUUGUCUGUCCGUGUAGAAGAUUCGGAGAGCAAAACAGCCAUACAAACUAUUCGUGAUUUUAUAGCAAGUUUUUUCAACUGUGAAGAUUGUCGCGACCAUUUCUUGACGAUGAGCACGAGUGCUGCCGAUUCUAUCAACUCGCGGCGCGAUCUGGUACUUUGGUUCUGGCGCGCACACAACCAGGUUAACAAAAGAGUUGGAGACGCAGAAGCAGAGUCCAAGACUGGCGAUCCCAAGUUCCCAAAGCAGCAGUGGCCUCCGAAAGAACUCUGUACAGCAUGCAAGAAAGACGGGGAAAAGCUCGACGCAGCGUUGCGAAAGUCAUCCAAAGCCGAAGUGGCGGUACCGGACGAGAGCUCCAGCACCAGCCGUGUAGCAGUACCAAUCGGAGCAGCUUUCGGGAUCGGGAUGGCGAGCUGUGGCUUUGGAAUCGUGGCUUGCUUUUGGAGAAUGCAGCAAAAGAGAAAAAAGCUUUUGCGGAGGCGAGUGUGAUGUUGUGGAUCUCGAAUUUAGAGGUAUAUAUUACCCAUUCUUUCUUUUUUGAGGCAAGGGAAAGCAGUGGUGACUAAUUCUUAUCAUGUAUUCUACUUAUAUACUUGAAUGGAAAUUUUACCGAGCUCGGACGACAAGGUCCAAGCGGAAGCAGCAA